AUGGCCCGACAGUCCAUGCGCAAGUCGCGACCUGUUGCAGCGGCUGUUGCCGCUGCUCUUGGUGCUUGCUACCUGACCACUGCCUUCGUGAUGCCGCCGGCAGAAGAAGGCCCCGCGGCAGCGGGGCGGCGUGAGGCCUUGCUGGGCCUGGCAGGCGCAGCCGCGACCCUGUCCUCGCAGCCGGCGGAAGCAUUCGAGGGAGCAGGCCAAUGGAUGGGCUACUACGCUGACCCUCAGCACCCAAUGUGCCCGCGAAAGAUCGUCUACGAGUAUGACCUCUACGACAAGGCGCAGAUGAUGGUGGAUGGAGGCGACGGCAACCCUGGGUGCGAGAAGAAGGUGCUCUCGAGGUGGACGGCCAAGGUCGACUGGAAGGCAGGCUCAGACGAGAUUACCAUCGACUUCAGCAAGAAGGGCGGACCCGCUGGCGUUGUUGGAAAGUGGGACACUGACGGAAUCGUCUUCCCGGACGGCAACAAGUGGAAGAAGAUCAUCUCCUACAACACUGGCAACGGCCAGGGGAUCUGA